CAACUAUUAACUAGAAAGUUCGCUCUCGAGCUCUGCAUCAACUCAGCUACUAUACCCAACAAAGAUGAUUAUAUACCUAUAGCUCGAACCCGAGAUCUUUGGCUAAGAACGAGCUCUUUUCCUUUUCCUUUUCCUUUGCCUUUGCACCUCCUUGCAAAGACUUUAAAAUCUUUCCUUUCUUAACUCUUUUAAGACUCCCUACACCAUUUCUUGAUCGCUGAUCUCCUAUCUCAUAAGAAGAAACUUUCUUCUUUCAUCUUUCUUCUUUGUUUUCCCUUUCCAAUGACUCCAACCGAUCACAUAACUAAUUCUACUCCUCCUCCUCCUUUUCCUUUUGUGCUUAAUAAUGAGGAUUAUGAUCUAAACCAUUCUCUUGUUAGCCCUAAUUACUAUCAGGCUUCUUCCUCAUCUUCUUACUCGUCGUCAUAUCAUGAGUUUUUCUUCAACUCAACUACUAAUCAGAAUCAAACUGGAUAUUAUCAUCGUGAUGAAUAUUAUACGCCACCGCACCAACCUGAGGUGGAUAAUGAAGGUGGAUUAUAUGAUGUAGAGAAGAAAAACAAGGUUGGGAGUGGCCUCAAAUUGACCUUGUGGAAGAGAGAAGACAAGAAUGAGAAUCAAAACGAGAAAAAUCCAGUUAAGUGGAUGUCUUCAAAGAUAAAAGCCUCGGAUCAAACAAUCCUGGAAAAGACCACCAACAAUAGUACUUACAUCAAACUGAAGUUGGAAGAUCAGAAGCAGCAGCCAUCAUAUCCUUUAGAAACUGAUUACAGCUCCAAUAAUAGUAACAACAAUAUCCCUAUUAGGGUUUGUGCUGAUUGUAACACUACUAAAACCCCUCUUUGGAGAAGUGGUCCUAAAGGACCUAAGACACUGUGCAACGCAUGUGGAAUCCGACAAAGGAAGGCAAGAAGAGCCAUGGCAGCAGCAGCAGCAGCGAAUGGGGAAACUCUCACAACUGAAACAUCAUCAUCUUCAAUGAAGAAAAAGGUGAAUAAACACUUACACAAGGAGAAGAUUACAAAAGUUAAUGUUACAGUACCCUACAAGAAAAGGUGCAAAUUUGGUCAAUCCUCCUCUAGUAAUACUGAACCAAAGAAGCUUGGUAAUUUCGAGGAUUUCUUGAUUAACUUGACCAACAAUUUGGCCUUGCACCAAGUUUUUCCACAAGAUGAGAAAGAAGCAGCAGUCCUUCUAAUGGCACUCUCUAGUGGCCUUGUUCAUGGUUAAUUAAUUAUUUGUCUCCAUUAGCCUUUUCCUUUCCAAUAAGUUAGAAUUUCUUGAGUUUUAUAGCUAGCCUUAGAUGGGAGCUAGUAGCACUAAAUCAACAGUGUGAAGUUUGAGUUUGAGAUUAUAAUUAGUAAGAAGUGUGAGAGAUGUUAUUAGUGUUAGUAAGAGUGAGAGUGAGCCAAUUAAUCGCGAAAGUUUUUAAUAAUUUAAAUAUGCUUUUGUGUGGUGAUGAUCGUUGUAAGAUCAUAAUGAUAGAUUUGAACAAGGUGAAAACAAGAAAGUUUGCCACUUGACUUACUUGUUACUUCUAUCUAGUUGUGAGGAUGCUAAUUUAUAUAUAUUGAACAAUUUCUUAGUGCUUA